CUUUCAACAUUUAUUUGUUUCCAUGUAUUCUCUCUUGUGUCAUGACCACCACAACUGUCGCUGCCAUUCUAAUAUGUUCAUUCCCUGUUUAAUUCUGUAUUUAUUUGCUUCCUGGGAUAUCCUCAUUUCCUCUCCACCUACCAAACUCUCUGCACAGUGCACACUCCCUUGAAACUCUGGCUAGUAACCUAAAUUGUCUUAAUAUUUUCAAGCUCAAUGGCAUGCAACUCUCCCAUAUGUACUGCCACUCUCCUAGGAGCCAUGGACAGUCUUUGGUUCCAACAUUUGAUUCUUCAUCACCUACCGGAUCCGAUUUUAGUACCCGAAUCAGUUUCUUCAGAAUCAUUUACUUCAUCAUCAAGCUGCACCUCACAGGACUAUGCAUUAUCUGAUCAAUCUCCACUCACUCACCAACAGAGUAUUAGUUCAGAAGUAGAGGAAAGGGAGAAGAUAAUUGAGUUAGUACUGAAGCAAACUCGACCCUCGAGAACAAACAGAAGCAAGACUCGGUCUCAUUCAUCAAGACAUUCAAGGAGUAAGAGAUACACUGGUUCAGUGAUGAGGUUACAGAAGACCAUGAGCUGCAAGACCUUGGAGGAGCUUGAAGUUGAAGAAGUAAAGGGAUUUAUAGAGUUGGGCUUCAGUUUUGAUUCCCAAAAUAUGUGUCCAAGAAUGAUGAGUGUCCUUCCUGGACUGCAAAGAAUUGGCGAGGCCUGUAGCUAUGAGGAGCUAAUUGAUCAAGAACUAGCUGGUGCUGGUGAUGGCAAUGAGGAGAAAUCAGAAGCAGGGGCGUAUAGGAGGCCAUAUUUAUCAGAAGCAUGGCUUAUAAGAAGGCCUGAUUCACCACUUUUGAACCUGAGAAUUCCAAGAAAUUCGAAAGCUGAAGAUAUGAAAAAACAUCUCAAGUCCUGGGCGAGAACUGUGGCUUCUGUUGUUCACCAAGAAUCUUGAAUUUUUACCAGCUCCUUAUGCAUAUACAUAAUAAACUAUAUUUCUUCAA